AUGAUUUCUUUCUCUUUCUCUCUCUUUCUCUCUCUCUCUUUCUCUCUCUCUCUCUGGGAGAAGAGAAUUUGCCAAACAUCAGAGUCUGAGUUGAUCCAAUACAGUUCAAUUCGACAAGCUUCGCUCAGCCUUCGUCAACUCUCAGACAACCGUGAUACCCCAAUUAACAUUAGGAGUGGCUCCAUGUCUCUAGCUAACCAUAAACGACGACAGCGCCAUGGCAGAGUGAGAGGAAAUGCACCCCACUCGGCUCCUGGAACAUUACAGAGGCACUCAAAGGCAGAAAGAGAUCCCAGCCCACCACCCCCCUACAAUUACAGUGUUCGUGAUAGCACAUGGUCUGAAGUUCCUUUAGAAUUAGAGCUAGCAGAGAAUGGUGCCAUAGGAACAAGUGACCAUGAAGCCUCAAAAAGUCAAAUACGAGUUAUAAUUGGUGCGAAACUACAACCGGAAGUAUUGCUAAGUUCUUCCCUGAUUUCUUGA